UGAUCUCCAUUCUCUUCCAAAUUGACUCAUCUCUUCUUGACUUUCAUGACAAUAUAGCUACAGCUUCGAGCCGAUGUGGGAGACCAGAUGGUACGCUAUCUCUACAACCUGGCCACUGAGAUGGGUGUUGGCGUUGAUCUUGGCAACCCUAUUCCAGCGUUAGCAACAGCGUGGCAGCAAGACAGACAACAGAAUGUUUUGCUUGCCACUCAACUCCAAGGAGUAGAACAGAGACUGAGAGACCAAACAGAGGAACUUCUGACCGCACAACAACGCGUCAAAGACUUAGAGGUACUCCUCGAGACGGUACUCCAACGUGGGACAGAACCGCGAAUCUCUGGCUCCUUGGAUCAUCAGAUUGCUGACGCUGACAGGAUUUCUACAACCGAGGGAGAUGACCUUCCAUCAUCACUCUCCCUUUCAUCACCAGAGGAGAGCUGCUUGGUAUCCCUACCAUCUCUGGAUAUUACCCCAGCCUCCCUCCCGUCUCUGGAAAGCUCUACGGUCUCAAGACCAGUCUCCCUCCCAUCUGAUUUGGAGAGCUUUCCAGAAAUGACCCACCUUCAGGCACAGACAGAUGGCAAUUUUUCCCAAACAGCUGAAGACUCUGCCUCUAACGUGCCUCUGGACGAAGAGUAUCAGCCCAUCGAUGCUGUGCUUCUAAGCUUCCAGUCCAUCCCAACACCUCCUGAAUCACCAGCAGAGAACCAACAGAACCAGGAGUCGCAAGGGGAACCUUCUCUCCAGGAAUUCCUUGGUCAGGAUCGGACGUACAUCCUUCCACCGAUCGAGUCAACCGGACUGAUUCCUGCUGGAGAUUUCAGAUCAGCUUCUCCAUCAUCUCAGGAGACCUCCUCAGUCUCCCUCCCAUCUGGUCUGGAGAGCUUCCCAGAGAUGACCAACCUUCAGGCACAGACAGACGGCAACUCUUCCCAAACAGCUGAAGACUCUGCCUCUAACGUGCCUCUGGACGAAGAGUAUCAGCCCAACGAUGCCGUGCUUCUUAGCUUCCAGUCCGUCCCAACACCUCCCGAAUCACCCACAGAGAACCAACAGAACCAGGAGUCGCAAGGGGAACCUUCUCCCCAGGAAUUCCUUGGCCAGGAUCGGACGUACAUCCUUCCACCGAUCGAGUCAACAGGACCAAUUCCUGCUGGAGAUUUCAGAUCAGCUUCUCCAUCAUCUCAGGAAGGUUCUCUCAGGCUUAUCCAUCCAGCACUCAACAUCACUAGAACAUCUGAUGGAUCAAGUGAAGAGGAAUUCCCUUCGACGACAGCAUCCUCUUCGAACCUCAACUCAUCAAGCUCUUCAAUAUCAUCUUCUGGAGCAGCUCAUGUUUGGACCAGUGCUGAAGCUUUCACCAGCAUCCACAAAGCAAUGCAGUCCAUCACUCCACCAAGAUGUGACAACAUGGUGAGAGAGCUGAAAGACAUUGCUUUGUGGUCAACAACAAGCACAGCCAGGACCAUUGAGCUUGGAAGGGGUUCCAAUGGGGCAGUAUACCUCUUCAGGCAUGCGAUGACUAAAGAUCCUAUCGCCCUGAAGAACUUCCCUCUGUCUAGGGAACCUGCGCACCGCCAGCGCCAGCUAUAUGUCAUCAGCGAGGAGGCCGGCAUACAGAAAGAUCUGAGUGCUUUCCGUAACUUCCCCCGGUACUACGGAUACGCCACCGUUGAUUGCCAUACGCUUGCUCUGGCGAUGGAGUUUGUGGGUGAUGCUCAGAGGGGGAAGAGCAUCACUCUGGCUGACUCCUUGGAAAGGAGACCUUCCGGAUGGACGCAGGAAGAAAAGUUUACCAUCGCCCUGGACAUCGUUGAGGGAGUCGUCAAAAUGCAUCAACAAGGAUUCCUGAUAAACGAUCUCAAGUGUAACAACAUCUUGCUUAGUGAGGAGGAAGGCAGACUAAGGGCCAAGAUCAUUGAUUUUGGUCAUGCAACCCGGCUUGCUUGCCCUUCCCGUAUCUACUGCCUUAAUGAAGAUGCAAAGAGACGGUAUCGGACGGAAGGGCUUUACAAUCAUGUAGCACCGGAGGUUGCCCUUGACGGCCAGAUGCCUUCAAUCAAGUCGGACACGUUCCAGAUUGGUCGUGUCUUUGUUAGGAUGGGCAACCGUCUUCAUCUGGAUGCCCUCCUGAACAUUGGACUUGAGUGCUGCGAUUUGGACCCUACCAAGCGACCAAGCCUAGUUUAUGUUUCAACAGUUCUCAAAGCCAUUGAAUUAGCAUUACAGUGAUACAAGAACACUAUAUAAACAGAAUCAAAAGGGGUGAAAUGGGGGCAUCAAUGCUGAAUGAAAUUACAAACCAUAAAACAAAUUGCAACAUUUAUUAUUUAGGGGAAAAUAAGUACCAGAGGUAAGUUCAAUCUCAUCACAUUUACUUACAACUGGACAGUUCCAUAAAGUAUUAAUGCCCCGUC